AAUGAUUAUUUGUGACGUUGAUUGAAUAGAAGUGACGCUGGAUUCGAGAUUGGACUGGAUUUUAUUUCUUUAUCUUCAGUUGGUCUUGAGAAUAACAGUUUCGUCUAACCUUUAAGCUGUGCAUUUUGUUAUUUCCACUUAAUAUAAAGAAACUACUUCCUAAGUUAACAAUCAUUAGGCAUUCAUUUAAGGUUAUUCGGCUGGAUAACCUUAUCCAUAAGUUUCCAGGAUGGCCGAGUAUUUGGCGGCUAUAUUCGGCACAGAAAAGGAUAAAGUAAACUGCUCCUUCUAUUUCAAAAUCGGUGCCUGUCGCCACGGAGAUCGCUGCUCGCGUAUCCAUAACAAACCUACGUUCUCACAGACCGUCUUACUACAAAAUUUAUAUGUGAAUCCACAAAACUCAGCUAAAUCUGCAGAUGGUAGCCAUUUGGUCGUAGCCAAUGUAUCUGAUGAGGAGAUGCAGGAGCAUUAUGAUAACUUCUUCGAAGAUGUCUUUGUGGAAAGUGAAGACAAAUAUGGUGAGAUAGAGGAAAUGAAUGUUUGCGACAACCUCGGAGAUCAUUUGGUUGGCAACGUGUAUAUAAAGUUCCGUCGUGAAGAAGAUGCUGAGAAGGCAGUGAACGACCUCAACAACCGUUGGUUUGGCGGACGCCCAGUCUACGCUGAGCUGUCUCCCGUCACGGACUUCCGUGAGGCUUGCUGCCGUCAGUACGAGAUGGGGGAGUGUACUCGCAGUGGCUUCUGCAACUUUAUGCACCUCAAGCCUAUCUCCAGGGAGUUGAGGAGAUACCUGUACUCGCGGCGCAGCAAGGGCGGGCGGCGCUCGCGCUCGCGCUCGCGGGACAAGCGGCGCCGCUCCCGCUCGCGCGAGCGACGCCGCGCGCCCGACGCGCCGCGCAACUCCCGCGCCGGCCGCUACUAGCGCGCCGAGCGGACACUCGGCAUGCUUGAUGCUGUUAACUGAUGCUUAAUACAUGUGGCUAAUUGAAAACUUUGUAAACCGGGUAACCGCUGUGCCGUGUUUUGUGUUUGCAAAAAAGAAAAAUUAAUAGGAGUGUUCGCAUUACAGUUGGUUAAUGAAGGUCAACAUAUUUUUCGAAAUGGACCAAAUGAUGAACUCAAAUUUUCUAAUGAGCCGAUACCAGCAAGUUGUUAUUGAGUCCGAACAAAUCGUAUUGCCUCACGCUAAUUACUAUAUCCGUGAUUCGAGAUCUCUGUUGGGUGCGUCGCGCGUGACACUAGACUCUACAGUCCACGGAUUUGUUCGGUCGCGUGAUUGCCUCACCGUUGCGGCUAUUCGCUCAACGGUAGGUUUAGACGUCCAUGAGUGAGAACCGAUAAAGGUGGUAUCCGUACCGCGUGUGGACUAAAAUUCAGUGUAUCGAAAUACACCUCCAAAACGAGAUUACCCCAUGUGUAAUGUACGCGCACACUAGAAAAAAGAAUAAUAUAUAAUAACAAUAGUCGCAACGUACUGGUAUUUUGUUGCAUGUAUAAUUUGCUUCGAUAACAUAUAAGAAAACAGCACAGUGGACCCGGCUUUAGAAUAAAAAUUACUUAAGGCCUGUAAACUGAAUAAUGAAAUUUAACAUUCAUUCACAUUUGUUUGCGUUCAAUUACUCAAUAUGUGGACACAAAAUUAAAUUAAAAAAUUAUUGUAUGCCUAAUUUAAUCUGUUUAUAAGUUACACUUAAGUUUUUUUUUACUUUAAUCCCUUUAUUUAUAUUGUCUACCUAGAUAGAAUAAAAUAUAAUUUAAAAAAAUAAAUAGUUUAUUUCAAUACAGAAAAAUAACACAUAUGAACACAACCAUAGCAUAACUACUAAUCUCAUAAACAUUUUGGUUUUGAUUUUUUUAAGCCGAUAAUAGAAUUUCGUAAAGCAUACAAUGUUGUGUAGAUUAUUAUAUUUCCUUUCUAUUCUUUGCAUCAUGUCCGUUAACUUUGCUAAAAAUAUAUUUCUUGUUCAGUCUGAACAUACAUACAUUUCAGAAUGUAUUCCGGUCCAUAGAUACUGUGGCAACUACACCACAUAUGUAUUAUUUAAUAAAAUCUUGUUUUUGUUCUCAAACAAUAAUUGUAAUGUCAUUAUUUCUGAUGGUAUAGACAGUGCCUCAAGUUCUUAAACACUAUUUCGCUAUUUAUGACAAUUUUAUAACAGAUCAAGCAAAAUCGUAGUAAGUGUCCGCAGUGUAAUUUUAAACAAACUACAAGAGCGCAUACAUUAAAGGAAAAUUAUUACUUGAUAAAGGUUUCUUUAGAAUUAAUGUUUCGUGAUGAUUAUGUAUUUGUUUUGUAAAUACAUGAAAUAAUUGUGAAUGAUGCGCUGUUGUAGUGUAUUUGAUUUAAACAUAGACUACUAUAUAAGGUAUCUAAGUCUUAAGAUUGAGAAUAUACGAGAGUAUAAUAAUA